AACGUUACGGCAAAACGUUUAUGAAACGGUUUUGAAACCAAUGUGUGCUGCCUGGGUUAGCAACAAAACUUUAUGCAAUUUUUAUAUUUGUAUUUUGGACAAUUCGAUCGCCGCUGUAGUUGUCACAAUUAACACAAUGAGCCAUUAAUUAGCAACGCACGUCGAGCGAUCGCGACUGAUCGUGAAAUUAAAUCGCACGCGCGUGCUACUGCCGAGUCUCCCCGUCGGGCCGAUUGGUCGCAUGCGCAUGCGCGGCCCGGCGCGGAGCGCAUUACCGCACCGCGGUACGUGGUGUUCUCAGCGUUCGCGGCACUCCGCUGACGCGAGUUCCUUUGACCGUGCACGACGUCGACCGGCGCUGCCUCGCAUCCUCGCGCGCAGAGGAAGCCGAGCACCAUCGUCCCCAUCUCGACCGUCCUGCCGGAAGCAGGCACCCCCGACGUAUUUUCGCGAGCAGCCUGCAGCGCGCCGGAUACGAUCGGGCGAGGAUAUUUGAUGUGUAACGACGAGGACGCGCGGCGCGAUGAAGCUCACACGGAACUGCCUCGGCAACAUCGGCAAGAUGUUGGACUUCUACUCGCAGUUCAACCCCUCGCCGCUCUCGAUAAAACAGUUCAUCGAUUUCGGUUUAAGUGCCUGUGAGAGAAAAUCCUUUAUAUUCCUGAGGAAGGAACUGCCAGUACGUCUUGCCAACAUUAUGAAGGAGAUCCACUUGCUGCCAGACAAUCUGCUGAAGAUGCCUAGUGUGGGUAUUGUGAAUAACUUAUAUGCCACUUCCUUCGACGAAAUAAUAGACUUUGAGAAAGCCGAAAUCAACGAGACCACUUUAGACAAAUUCUGCCAAGCUUUGAUCAAAAUCCGGAACAGACACACCGAUGUCGUUCAGACGAUGGCGCAGGGCGUGCUGGAGCUGAAGGAAUCCCAUGACGUGGACGUACAAACUGAGAACAGCAUUCAGUAUUUCCUUGACAGAUUCUUCAUGUCUCGCAUUUCCAUUCGCAUGCUGAUUAAUCAGCACACUCUCCUCUUCGGUGGUCAGCUGAACGGGCAUAGUAGACACGUAGGCUGCAUAGAUCCAUCUUGCGACGUGAUGGCGGUUAUUAAGGACGCGUAUGAGAACGCGCGUUUUCUGUGCGAUCAAUAUUACCUGGCCAGCCCGGAAUUAGUAGUGAAGCAGCAUAAUGAACUUGAACGCAGCAGUGAGAUCAGGAUCAUUUAUGUGCCGAGCCACUUGUACCACAUGUUGUUCGAGCUGUUCAAGAACAGCAUGCGAGCUGUCAUGGAGCACCAUGGAUCAGAUUCGGACAAUUAUCCGCCACUCGAGGUCCUACUGGUGCGCGGCAAGGAGGAUAUUUGCGUGAAGAUAUCUGACAAGGGUGGCGGCAUCCCUCGUUCACAGACGGACCAUUUAUUUAAGUACAUGUAUAGCACCGCCCCGCAGCCGAGCAAAUCAGAUGCGCAUACGGUACCACUUGCAGGAUACGGGUACGGCUUGCCAUUAUCCCGGCUGUACGCCAGGUAUCUGCAUGGUGACAUCGUGCUGCUUAGCUGCGAGGGUUAUGGAACGGAUGCUAUUAUUUAUUUAAAGGCGCUAUCUACCGAGGCGAACGAGCUGCUGCCGAUAUUUAACAAGACGUCGUCAAGAUUCUACCGUACGUCGGUACCCACUACGGACUGGAGCAGCCAGUGCGGCGGUGGGAUGGCGACGCGUCAGCUUACCAUGAGUCACGCUCAAGGCCACAGACUCCCGCACGGAUUGGAGGUUACUCAUUUAUAGCAGAACCUGAUUGACACGGUUCGACAAGCGAUCGGAGAUCUCGGAAAAAUUUCUUCUGACCGCGUGCCGCAAGGAAUGCUUCCAAAAGAGAUUAAAUCUACACCCGGGGCAAAGACAAACGUCGAACUAUUCUAAAAGAUAGAUAAAUAAUUGCUAGAUGGACGCUCUACAUUGGCCAAAAAAAGAUAAUAUUAUGCUCCUUUGUGCCGCGUCACAUAUCAAAUCAAAUUAUAUGAUCUUGACGAUUGAUUUGCAUUUGCCAUCCUAACGAGUAGUCCGCGGCACAAGAGCAUAUGACCACUUCACGCGUUUUUAGCGAGAUUUUCACAGGGUUCAUGGUCGAAACGAAGUAAUCUUUUGACAAUUAUCCAGGGAACGAAUGAUAAUCUCUGUUUUAUAACAUGAAACUGCGUUCGAAUGACCGGAUCUAUGACCGUUCGUAUUAUAAUUCUGAGCUUUGUACAAUGAUAUGAAUUUGGUCUUCUCAUUAGUUAUUAUCAACAUCAGCAUUUUAUUUUUAAGAAAGCAUUUUCUUUGUUGUAAUAAUAGACAGCGUAUAGCUCGCAAUGUCCGAUAAUGCACUCUGGAUUAAGUUUCCAUAAAUUUUUCCACAAGUUUUCUUCGUAAAAAGAUUUAUGAUGAAUUUACAACACAAAUUAAUUAAUGAUAUGGUUGCUGUGAAAUUUUUCUUUUUUUGACAGAUACGAGUAUUCUCUAUGUUUCUUUUUUUAAUUUUAUCUUGUUUUAUAAUGUUAACAUAUCACGAAACAUAGAUACGUAUGUUUUGGUACGUAAUCCGGUUCCAAAAUAGGCAUCCAUUUCCGGUCGAUUAUUCAAGGCACGUGACAAACUGCAGACUGUGAUGUAACGUGAAACUUUUAUUAUUUAGUCAUUAGAGCCGUUCGUGUACGCGUGCAUAACACGCGCAUCAUGUGUGUAGCACAUGUGUGUAGCAGAUAAAUUAUAAUUUUACAGAUAUGUAUAUGCCAGUUUUCCCCCGAACGACUAUAAAGAGGAUUAUAGAGGUGAAGAAGAAUACUCUCUCCCGGAAAAUGUUUUAUACAGUAUACAAAAUUCGUGAUCAAUCCACUAGCCGAGCACGACGCACUUUUUUAAUUACAUUUUCUAUGAGCAGAUGAACUUUGUAUGAAUCGGAGAUGUGUUUUCACGGUGAAACUUUUUGGUACAUACCUGACGUGCGUUCUGAGGUAUAUGUGCAUCUGUAAUUGCUUUUCUAUUCAUAUCCUUCUUUAAAUGUACGUUUGUUCAUGAAAACAGGUAAUCGGCAUUUUCGAUAGAAAGAUAUUCGUACUUUCAUUCUAUUUUGAAAGUAAUAAAUGAUGAUUUUUUUGUCUUAUAUUAGUUGUUCUCGAUAAAUGUAUUAUAUUAUCUUGUAAUUAUAUAAUUUAUUUAUAUAUAUAUAUAUAUAUACACACACAAAAGAAUAUAUAUAUAUAGUAUACAUAUAAAAUUAUAAAAUAAAAAAAUAAAGUUUUACUUUCUUUAUAUUCGGAAUUCUAUAUACAGGAUAUUCGGUAAUGGAAGUACCAACGCUUGUAAUGUGUUAGAAUUGAAUUAAGUCAAAAAGUUCGGUUUCUAAACAAGCACGUAAACUUUUGAGAUAUAUAAUAUUGUAUAAUUAUAUAAUAAUAUAUUGUAAUAUAAUAAAAAAUAUUGUAAAAUGAAACCUAUUGAUAUACCAACGGCUGUAUUAUUAUGUAGUAAUAAGUAUAAAUGUGGCAACAGGAGAAAGAUAAUAUAUGUUACUGACACCGUUUUCUAAUAUUUUCUAAUAUCGUGUUUAGAAUACUUAUCGCUCCGACACGCAAGAUGCGCGUCUCAUUUGCGAAUUCCUUUUAUAUAAUAUCAAAAUUUUAUGUGGUUAUUUGAAAGAUGAUACAAGACUUUUUUACUCAAUUCAAUCUGUUCUAUCAUUUCACUUAGUACCUUCAUACUUCCAUACAGAGCAUCCUGUAUAUUAUAAGUACGUUAUAAUUAUAUAUGUUAUAUAUAAUUAUAAUAUAAUUAUAAUACAAUUAUGUAAUUGUUAUGCAAUUUGAUUAUAUAAGAUGUAAAAUAUUCUUAUGCUUAUUGAUUCUCUACUCUUGAUCGCACAGAUACCUUGGAGCGACGAACAUUUGUAAGCUUGUGCUAUAUGAUAUUGGGAGAUGUGAGCGCGCUCAUAAAUGUGACUGCGUUUUCUACGAUGUAUGAAACAGUUAUUUUUUCCUCCGGACUUGUUUUCAAUGACGUGUAGGCAAGACUCGUUUCUACUUAUUAAAUUAGUCUCAAGUGCGACGCAUUACGGACGUACAUUUCGGAGAUCGUAGCGAGGCGUUAAUGAAGCCUUCCUUCUUUGCGUGAACAUGAUUCUAGAGACGAGACGUUUCGAGAAGAAAGGUUGUAUAUAUAAUGCGUAUGCGAACAAUAAAAUAUAUAUAUAUAUAUAUAUAUACGUAAGUUCUUUUUUUAGUUAACAUUAUACGACAGACUUGUAAAGGUAUUCGCGCGCUUGGCGCAGUGCGAAUGAGACAUGAACUUGUAAAGCGUUGUUAAUAAAUAUAUCGCAGGAAAUCUGA